AAUAAAAAGAAAGAAAAAAACAGUAUAACUUGCUCUCGCGGAUCUGCGAACAAUUUUCUCCGUUUAUUUCUCUCUCUCUCUCUCUCCUCGCCCGCCCUAGAAUUUCUGAGGCUGUUUGUCCUAUAAAAUUUUUCAAACAUGAGCGUCACCCAGUUCGCUAUGGUGGAGGAAUUGGCAUUUCUAGUCAAGGACAAUCUUCCUUGCAAGCAUCUAGUGCUCUCAAUGGAAGAUGCUUUCAUUAAUUUCCUUCAGGAUGAUACAAGAUGGGAUCCUAGAGUUGGAACCUAUGAAUUCAUACAAUCGACUUCUCCUACAUCGUCUUGCAGAUAUAUUUGGAUUUGCUCAUGAGUCCAUUGGUGAAGGAGACGAUCGGCAUUUAGUUUUGCAACGAUGCCCAGAGACAUCAAUCAUCUUGUCUUGCAGACCUUCCAUUCUUGUUAGUGAUAUUUUAUGGCAGUGCGAUGAGCCUCAGUCUCUCACAACAUCACGCCAUAUAUUAACGAGAGAAGAAACUCCACCAGUAAUGGAGACAAACUUGCCUUCUUUUGAGCUUAGUCUUGAGGCACGAGAAGCAGCUUAUUUGGCUGCUCGGGAGCGGAUUUUUUCAAUGGAUGUUGGAGAGAUACAAGAAUCUGUUAAGCAGAAGCCACGAACUGUGCCUAUCGUGGCUCGUCGAAUGAUUGCACAUGCUUUGGGCCAAAAAAUAAACUCAUGCAAUCAAGAUGAUAAUACUAGGGAUUGUAAAGACCACGAAGGGCAAUCUAAUGAACUGAGCAUUCAAGAUAAGGAUAAAGUUGAUAAUAAUUUGAGAACUGAAACUUAUCAAGAUACUGAUUUUGUGCCGGUCCAAACUGUGGAUGCAUAUGGUAAAGCAAAUAGCAAUGCACAUAAACAUAAUGCUUCGGUAGUUAGUGAGAGGAAUGUUUCUAAUGAACCAGCUCAACAGAGGCCUACUGAUGCUAGCAUACCUGGAAGAGGUCGAAAUAGAGUUAACAAAGGGUUCUCAAAAGAAGAACAUGUUGGAGCUGCGAAGAGAAUGUUUGCUCAUGCUUUAGGUUUGCACUCAGCCAAGGAUGGUGUUCUUUUGAAAGGCAGUGAAAGGAAAACAAUUGACAAUGAGUAAGAUUGAGUGCAUUUCAAGUUAACAUAUGGAUCAUUUAUUUCUUCUGUUGAACUUGGUGCAGUAGAUAAGGAGCUCAUUACCUUUUUCUUCCAACCUACUACUGGUAAGGAUGGAGCUUCAUGUUAAUACUACUGUCAAAUGAGAAAAGUGAGGUGGCCUGAUAGCUGUUUGAUUGAGUCUUUCGUAAUUGCGUCUGGCAACAUUGCCAUCUCCUCAUGGCAUAAGUUUUUCUAUGACAAUUUAUGAAGCUUUGUAAACUGGUUUGCAUCGGAUGAGAGUCACGGGCAAUCUGUUUUUCAUGGACUACAAGACGCAUCUAAGCUGUGCAGGAGUCAUAUGUGCUGGUCGAAAGGAGUCAUUCUCCCCCGUGUAAGAUUUGUGAGAAUAAUCUGUAGUCUGUUAUAGUACUUGUUCGAGAGAUAGAAACCGCGAGCCUGUGAGUAUAGGUAACUUAGAAACCGUGCGCUUGUGAGUAUAGGAAACUAUGUUAUAGACAAGGAAUCACUUGUAUUAUAUGCAUAGAAAACAUUAACCAGGUUUAAUUCCUAGGGUAAUUAUGAAAACACACUUAGAUCUUGAUGGCAUUGUCUGGUUAUAUUCUUUAAAACCCACACUUGCGUAUCAGUUAUACCAAAGACUUGCACAAGCCUUUUGUAUGAACGUUUUCAGUCUAUUCCAUGGCAUUCAAAAGUG